CCCGCCGGCCUGGGCGCGGGCGGCAGGAUGCUGCUGUUUGUGGAGCAGGUAACAUCGAAAGGUGCUGGCUUAAACCCUAACGCAAAAGUGUGGCAAGAAGUGCCCCAAGGGAGUGGUGAGGCUGUGCCACCCACAAAUGGCACAGAGCACUCAUGGCAAGAAACAGCGGCUGCACAAGGGACUCAUUCCGAGGGUAACAUAGAGAUUUCAGAGGAUAGCUGCAAGCAAUAUGAAGUGAUGUAUUCCCCGUCUUGUGAAGCCACAAGAAAUGGCACAGGAGUUGAUGAAGCAUCUGCAAAUGGAAUUGUUCUAGCAACUGAAGAUCUUGGAUACCAAAUCUAUGAAGUGUCUGGUGAAGGCAGCUCCACUGUGUCCACAGAAGACAUUAGAGAAUGUCUGAAAAAACAACUCGAAUUCUGCUUUUCACGUGAGAAUCUUUCAAAGGACCUCUACUUGAUGUCUCAAAUGGAUAGUGAUCAGUUUGUUCCAAUAUGGACGAUUGCCAACAUGGAAGGUAUUAAGAAGCUGACAACUGAUAUGGACCUUAUUCUUGAAGUUUUGAGAUCUUCUCCUAUGGUACAAGUGGAUGAGAGAGGGGAGAAAGUUAGACCAAACCACAAACGAUGUAUUAUCAUUCUCCGUGAGAUCCCUGAAACAACACCUAUAGAGGAGGUUAAGGCUCUGUUUAAAAAUGAAAACUGCCCCAAAGUGAUAAGCUGUGAGUUUGCUCACAACAACAACUGGUACGUUACAUUCCAGUCAGAUACAGAUGCGCAACAGGCAUUUAAAUACUUAAGGGAAGAAGUGAAAACCUUUCAGGGCAAGCCAGUAAUGGCAAGGAUAAAAGCCAUCAACACAUUUUUUGCUAAGAAUGGUUACCGGGUAGUGGAUUCCAGUGUCUAUACUCAGCCAGUUCAAACACAAGCACAGUUUGCCUCGCCACUGUUUAUGCAGCCUGUAUAUAGUCCUCAGCAGUACUCUAUUUACAGCAUUGUGCCUCAGACGUGGUCUCCAAAUCCUGCACCUUACUUUGAAACACCACUGGCCCCCUUUCCUAACGGUGGAUUUGUGAAUGGCUUUAAUACACCAGGAUCAUAUAAAACAAAUGCUGCUUCUUUGAGUAUAGGUCGCCCAUUCCAUAGGAAUCGUGUGAAGCCUCACUUUCGAUCGUCUAACAGCUCAGAACAUGCUGUGGAGGGUCCAGCUGCCGUCAGCACCAUGCCAAUGGGGGAUGGACCACUGAACAGAACCAACUCAAGGAAUUUUGUUAUGGAGCGACAUAACAGUCCGUUAACUGGGCACCAAGACCAAGGUUAUUCCCAGAAGGAUUCUCCUACCGCACAGAUGGAGCAGAACGGAGAUUAUGGCGUGGGCAGGGGCAGGAGGAACGUUUUCAGAGGUCGGAGGAGACGAGAAGAUGACCGGGUUUCAAGACCUCAACCUUCGGCAGAAACAAAGACCCAGACACCAAAGUUUGACUUGCUAGCAUCAAAUUUUCCACCUUUGCCUGGCAGCACAGCAAAAAUACCGGGAGAGCCUGUGCUGGAGAGCAGGAUGUCCGAUAUCGUUAAAGGAGUCUGCAAAGAAAAGGAAAGCAAAGAUUUGCUGCCCAGCUGUCCAGCUCCUGCUCAGGAAGAACAGACGCACAGCACUGUCCAAGAGCCUGUGACAAGCAUGAGUUCACCAAGUGAGACUGAAGCUGUGGUGUUAAGCACAGUUCAGCCAGACAGCAAACCGGAAGAAGCGUCUGCACAGAAAGACGUUACAAGCCACGCUUCCCCACCGGUGUCUGUCUCUCCUGUCAGUGCUGUAAAGCCACCGAGGACAAAUACCACUUCACCUUCUUCUAAUGCAAGCGCAGCUCCUGCUUUGUUGAUGCAGGAGCCACGCAAGCUAAGUUAUGCUGAGGUUUGCCAGAAGCCCCCAAAGGAGCCUCCUCCAGUUGCUGUUCAGCCUCUUAGGGAACACCGCACCAACAUAGUUCCCCCUGCCAAAAAUGAGGAAAAUGCUGCACCUGAGAAGGCUUCGGAGAAGGCUCACGACAAGGUUGAAGGUCGAAUGAAGGAUUAUUCUGGGUUCCGAGGCAACGGGCCUCUCAGGGGAGCUGCUGGGAAAAUCAGGGAACAGAGGCGCCAAUUUGGACGCAGAUCAUCGCCUCAGGGAGCACCGCGACGUAUCGGCAAGGAGCAGUAUGUGCCACCCCGGUCACCAAAGUAACACUUGUCCAGCCAAUUAUUCUCUAUUUAAUUUGAGCUGUGGACUAAUAAGCAGCAAAGGAGACUGUGAGA